GCAUACGGAUGACGCUUUCAAUCUGAGCCCAGCCAACAUCACCACGAGAACUCCAAAACAUUCUACCGAGGGUCAAGAUGCUGUUGCCUCAAUGUCAUGUCGAUUUCCAUGCAACUAUGACGGCAAAAGCCAACGUCAGAUAAUCGCGAAACAGAAAACGCUUAAAAUAAUCAGUCUUAAAGGUUUUUCUCAUCCAAGUAUCCAUCCGUCUGAUCAUCAUGUCUACCAAGCUAUGCAAACUGGUCGUGUUGGCAGUGCGUGCUGCUAAUUGCCGACACCCCCGGAGUAUAACGGGUUCUGGCCAAGUAGUGUUGACCACUAUGGGACCCUCUGGAGUAUUUAACUGUGGAGCUCCAAGCUCCCAGAGCAGGGCUUACAGUCUGGACUCUCUGUCUUCGGGUCCUGGUCGGCCCUCACUUGGACGCUCUGCACAACAACCUCGGGUGGAAGGGAUCUCUGCCGCCUCAGCUCUCACGCAGCGAAACCUUUCUGCUGUUGCUUUGCAGGGACAGCGUCGUCCUAUGUGCCGAUAUGACCUCUUGGAUAUUGGGGAUGUAGAGGAAAACAUAAUUCGUGCUAAGGCGUGCAAAUUAAUAAGACACUUCAUUGUGGACCCAACUAUGGCUGAGCUAGUUGCAAAGCACCUAGGACCUGGCCUUGAAGACACCAAGACAAUUAUCUUCGAGUGUAACCCAGGUCCAGGAGUACUGACUAAGACACUGUUGAAUGCAGGAGCUCAGAGAGUCGUAGCUCUCGAGGGAGACAAAUCCUUUCUGCCUGACCUGCAGGUUUUGGAAAACCGUCUUGAUGGUCAGUUAGAAGUAGUCCACUGUGAUUUCUUCAAGCUUGACCCUAUUGGCAGUGGAAGCGUCAAAGCCCCCACCAUGUUCAGUGAUAAACUGUUUACCGACAUGGGAAUAUCCGAGGCCAGCUGGACAGAUGACAUUCCUGUAAAGGUGAUUGGCAUCCUGCCCUUGCGUAAUCAGCGUGGAAUGCUGCUGAAGAUGGUGUAUGCUCUAUUUGAACGACUGUCCGUCUACAGAUAUGGUCGAGUUGAGCUCAACCUCUUCAUUAGCGAAAAGGAGUAUAUGAAACUGGUCUCCCGACCUGGUGACAUGAUGAACUACAGAGCCUUCGGUGUCCUCUGGCAAAUGGCCUGUGAUAUAACACUACUGCACAAGGAACCCUGGCAUUCGUUUGUGUCUUCCAAACAGUGUCGCACAGUUCAAAAGGGCAAGAUUCCCAAUGAUCAUAUGUGCCUGGUACGCCUGCAGCCAAGAGCUGAUCUCUUCUCAUCCUGGCUUUCUCCGUCCAACGCUGGAACGUUAUUAAUGAUGGUCAAACAAUGUCUAGCCAAAAGGAAGGUCAAACUCGUAGAUAGACUCAAUCUGUGGUCUCCAGACAGCGGUAGCAAGCUUCUAGAGGAAAUGGGCCUGCCUGAGGACAUUCUGACUGGGAACGUGUUUCCAGAGGAGUACCUGAGACUGUUCCAGCUGAUGGAAAAGAGUCAGGAGUUCACCCAGAGCUGGCUCUAUGAUGAGAUCCUGGAGAACACACAGAGAGAGGGAUGGGCAUAGAACAUUUUUAUAUUUCUAUGACAAAAUCACAUGCAAUAUAUAUAAAUAUUCUGAAUAUUAUUGUCAAGUUGUGAAACAACUUGAAUAAUUUAUACGGUUAGCUGAGAUGGCCUAAUUUAUAGUAUAAGUUUUAAAAAAUAUAAAAAAAAAGAAUGGAUAAAAUAUGCUUUUGAUAUAAAAACAUUAAAUGCUCAAAUGGAGAUAAAAAGGAUAUCAUGUAAUUCUUGUAAAUAAAUUGACAUGCUUGCUGGGUAUGAUGCAAAUUGG